AUCGCCUUGCCGUUACAGACGGCCGCGGAGUGUUUCGGAGCGAGUGCCGAGUGAUUCGUACGAGGCGAGGCGCGCGAUUUCAACGCACUUUAGUGGACGAAUAGUUAAGGAGUCUUCGCGCGUUUCGAAGCGCCCGACAUCGGAGGACGUAAGCAGAGCAGACGGCCUUGGCGAAUUGUAAGGGCUUGGUUAGCGGUAACCGCCGGCAGACGGUGGCCUACCUUGCGCGAAUUGAAUGCCUGUUGCACAGUUGCGGUACGGGCGCGGCUGUUUCUCCUUAACGCGCGUAGUUGAGGAGUCGCGUAAUCGAAUGGUGCGGCCGUGGGAGCUGGACGACUCACCUGAGGUCGUAUCGUCAUCGAGGCAGCUGACCGUCGAAAGGAAUCUCACCGUGCAUACUCACAGCACGGAAACUUCAGAGUCAUGGCCUCACCACCCUGAGUGAACGUUGGACCAGCCGCUCCAGAAAACUGGUGACUGAAAAAAGUCUGCAGCAGGGGGAAGUCAUCAUCAUGGCCGGAGGCCAACUGUUUCGACGCUGGCAUGGUUGCGCUCACGUGCCCCAGCAUGGUCCGGACAGCAUUCACAGCUGGCUCAUCGCGGGUGCCUGUGCCCUGGCAUGCUUCUUCGCCAUGGCUGGGCGGCGUUCGGCGGGCUUCCUGUUCGUGGCCAUCCUGGACACCUUUCAAGUUAACAGGACGGAGGGAUCAUGGCCCAUAAUGCUUAUGGGCGGCCUCGUCUACUUGGCAGGCCUUAUCACGGGGCCCCUGGCGCACCGUUUCAACGCGCGGCCAGUCAUCAUCGCAGGAGCGGUGAUCUCGGGUGUUGGUGCGAUGCUGAGCUUCUUUGCCAAUAGCAUCGCCGUGCUGACAGUGACACUUGGAGCGAUACAUGCGAUCGGAGCCGGUAUGGUGUUUGUCGUCUCGCCGACCAUAAUCAGUGAGCACUUCGUCAAGCACAAAGGUCUCGCAAUGGGCAUCAACUUUACCGGCGUCACAAUGGGCACGUUCGUUUUUCCCAAACUUCUCGAGUACAUCACCAAGAUGUACGGCCUGCGUGGCGCACUGCUCAUCUUCGGCGCCAUUGUAAUGAAUGGGCUCGCAUUCAGCCUGUUCCCGCGGACACCCAAGUGGCGAAGCGCCUCUCCCGAGGGAAAGCUGGUCAAGGCUCAGGCUUCACCGUCUGCCUCCAGUGGCGACAAGAAACACGGGACUUUGCGCCAUGGGCUCACCGUGUUUAAGCACCCCAUCUUUUAUCUCGUCAUGUACAGCUUCAUUGUUCACAGCUUCGGGUUCGAGUGCUACAUAUCAUUGUUCGUGGACUUCGCCGUAGACCGAGGUGUCGCCGUUUCCAGUGCAGUUACCGUGAUUUCCAUGGGAGCCAUCGCCGAAGCACUCGGCAGGCUCACACUCCCCGCUGCCGUCGACCGUGGCUGGCUGACCAACAAGCAGCUGAUCGUACUAAUCUUUGCCGUCCAGGGAGGAAUGUUCAUAAUCCUGCCUUUCCUCUACGUUCACGGGCUCCUCUUCGCCGUGGCCGCCAUCAUCGCUUACACCAUCGGCACUGGUCUAGUGCUGUUUCCUGUCAUCCUCGCUAUUUACCUGGGCCAAGAAAGGAUGUCCAUGUCAUAUGGAAUGGUCAUCGCCUCAGCCGGGCUACUCUCGUUUAUAAAGCCCUCUGUGAUAGGACACUUCCGGGACUACGUUGGAGCCUACGAUGCGCUUUUCGUUAUCUGCGGAUCGCUCAUCGCCUUUGCAGCCAUUAUGUGGAUUCUUGUGUUCAUGUGGGAAGCGAGAGAAAGGAAAAAAGGUGUCAUGGGCAAAGGUGGUGCGCUGGAAGGUGGUGAGGCCGCUACAAAAAUGUAGGAAUUAUAAAUUAUGAAGUGUUAAUGGCACACUCAUUCAGGGCAGCAGAGGAAAGCACUAGCAGUCGUCAACGGAGAAAGUCGACGUCCUGCUGCUGAAUUCCUCAUUCAUCGUUUCUUAUCGCCUUUAGCACACGCGAGGGGAUUCACAAAGCUUCUCAUUGCCACUCUCUCAUUGACAGUAUCGGCGCUGCAUCUGCAAUUCAUAACUCCGUAAAACUCCAAAGUUCUGUCAGUUUCACACUACGUCUGUGGGACAACAGCACAUUAUGCAUAUUGUCACAUUUUCAUGACGGUGAAGAACAAGCAAGUGUUACAAAUGUGAAUCACGAUUGUAGCUCUGUACUCGGUGAACUUGUACAGUGAAAAAAAUGUGACCCUCAAAUCACAAAGAUGGCAACGAGACCCGUUGUCGGUCAUCGGAAUCUUUGCGCACGGGUCAUGUGCGUCGGCUAUUUGUACAUGACUCAUUGUACAUUCCAGCGCUCGCUUACGUUUAAGAAUGUACGCGCGAAGUUCGGUCGUUGACGCAAUGCGAUUAGAUAAGAUUAUUUCGCUAUAAAAUGGGCGACAACACUGAUGAAAAUUCCGACCCAUACAAUAGGUAUGUAUAUGUGUGUGCGUGUGGGUGUGUGUGUAGUGUGUCCCAGCUAACGUUAGUCAAGCUGUUCAACAAAAAAGAUUUUAAAAUAAAAUGUGAAACAUGUCAUUAUGGAAUCUAUGGUGUUCGGUCAUCAAAUGUUUGGUGACUUAUCACCGUAGGUCCUAAAAUCCUAUCUUGCACCGUUUCUAAGUACUUUAUUUUUCGUUGAACAGCUUGGCUAACUUAGCUGGGACACCCUAUAUGUAUAUUCAUUUGUAAUUUGUAUGAAUCCAAACUCACAGGAACGUGUCCCAAUGAUGUAGUGGGCUCAUUGAGCCUUGCGUGCUGAAGAAAUUAUGUCGCUCACAUGUAUAUAUACUUCAGGUGUUCUAAAUGUAUUAUUGCUUCAUUCACAUUUUUAAAAUUUUCUCUUACGUUUUUGUGAGCGCCUUACUGCGAAUAAGUACGUCACGCUGUUUCUGUAUCGGCCGGGACUAAGGAAAUCAUUCACGCAAGCUUAUGCUGUGAAAUUUUACAGCACAAUAAAAAAAAUUACUUGACGAGCA